AAAAACCUUGCGUUGUAUUUCCGGAGUCAUGACCCCUUCUCAACACAUGGGCACCAUGGAAGCGGCUAUCGUGAUAGCUGAAUAACAAUCCUACCAGUCCUAUCAACACAGGAGGCGUCCGGGACUGUUCUCAAAAAGGUAUAAAAAUACGAGGGACAAGCUGAACAACAAGCACGUUGACCUGGCGUCGGGGCUCGUGGAAAAGUUUUCGCCAUGGCUCUGUACCUAAAAGCCGCCGAGAUCCUGGAGAAAGCCGAGAGGAAACAGGGCGCGCUGAAGACUCUGGUGUACGACAGUAAAUUCGCCCACAUCAAGCAGCUGUUCGCUCUGGUCUGCGAAACGCAGAAGUUUUCGUCCGUCCUGCAGGACGUGAUCGAGUCCACCAAGCUGCUCAAGCACACGAAGCUGCGCAUGCACCUGGCCAUGGUGCUGGUCUACGACCUGCUGAUCGGCCGGGGCCUGAAGUGCGGCGGCUCCUGGAAGGCGUUGAUGGUCAAGCAGCGGCCGCGGCUGCAGGCGGCGCUGGCCCGCAUGAAGGUGAAGAAGAAGGUGAGCAGGAACGAGGACCUUCUCCCAGCCGGCGCCCAGCAGUCUGCAGCUGACCAGCUGCCCAGGUAUGUGCGCGUGAACACACUGAAGACCACAGUGGACGACGCUGUGGACUACUUCAAGAGGGAUGGCCUAGCCUACCUGGGACAGGCCCUCCGGCUGGAUGACUUGACCCUGAGGGAGAAGGUUUUCGUGAAGGAUCUGCACCUGCCAGAGCUGUUAGUUUUCUCCACUAAAGCAGACUUCCACGACCACUUCCUGUACAAGGCGGGCCACAUCAUUCUGCAGGACAAAGCCAGCUGCCUGCCUGCCCAUCUCCUCAACCCUCCACCGGGCAGUCAUGUCAUCGAUGCCUGUGCUGCCCCCGGCAACAAGACCAGCCACCUGGCAGCCAUCAUGAAAAACAAAGGCAGACUGUUCGCCUUCGAUCUGGACGCCAGGCGUUUGGCCACCAUGUCCACGCUGCUGCUCAGAGCUGGGGUCACCUGUCAGCAGCUGGCCAACCAGGACUUCCUGAAAGUGGACCCUGACAGCCCACAGUAUAAAGAUGUGGAGUACGUCCUUCUGGAUCCUUCCUGCAGUGGAUCAGGUAUGGUGUGCUUACGGGACGGCGCUGAUCAGGAGACGGAUCAGGCCCGCCUGGCCUCCCUGGCCUCCUUCCAGCUCCGAUGCCUGAACCACGGGCUCAGGUUCCCCCGUCUGAAGCGCCUGGUCUACUCCACCUGCUCCACCCACCGCCAGGAGAACGAGGAGGUGGUGGCCGCCUGCCUGCAGCAGAACCCCGGCUUCAGGCUGGUUCCUCUGCUCCCCCAGUGGCCAGAGCGAGGGCUGGAGCCCCUCCCGCAGUGUCUGCGUGCCAGCACCACCAAGACCCGCACACACGGCUUUUUUGUUGCCCUGCUGGAAAAACACAGCGAGGCGGGGAGCGCGAACCAGGAAGCAGCUGAUACAAGUGUUGUAGAGGCAAAACAGGAAGUGUGUCCUCCUGCCGCUGAGAGGAAACCUGCUGCUUCCGAAGGGGAGUCCGAGGCCUCCGACACAGAGGGCAGACCAACACCUGCAGCCGGACAGUCUGACCACACACCCGGCAACAAGAGGAAGCGGAAAAGAAAGAAGAAGAAGGCGGCGGCGGCAGAGACGGCAGAGUGAAACUCGCAGUGCAACCUCCACAGUGUUGUGUAGUUCAUACAAAUCCAGCUUAUCAAUAAACGACAAGUAACAUUUUAUGCAGCAUCACGUGUGGCUGUUUUUUUUUGCCUAAACGCUGUCCGGUUGGAAAAGGUUUAGUCCUCAGAAGCUGAGCUGCGUUCUAAAUGCGUCCAGCAGGGGGCGGCAACGGGCAAUGGCUGGACUUCCGGUCGAGCGGCGCCUCCUAUUGGUUGGAGCGGUCGUCUGUUUUGUAAUCCUUACGCAAAAUAUUGUGUAACUUUUAGAUGUGUUACGUCAACGCUGUGCUCCAUGCAGGACGAAUAACGUGGAACUGUGCGGAUUUGUUUGGGUACAACUUGCAUAAAUAAUCUGCACCAUUGUCGGGAGCUUCUUGCCCCGUGCUGACCGUCACCAUGGCCGCGGUGCCCAAAGUGACUCUGGCCGGGGGCCUGGAGGUCUGCAGGGUCCUGAACGGGCUGUGGCAGGUGUCCGGAGCGCACGGACCGGUCAAUAAAACCAAAGCAGUUGAGGCCAUGCAGGACUACGUAGACGCUGGUCUGACCACAUUCGACAUGGCAGACAUUUACGGGCCUGCGGAGGAAAUAUUUGGACAGUUCAACAGACAGCUAAAGUCCUCAGGAGAAUCUGCCCCAGCGCUGCAGGGGCUAACCAAAUACGUGCCAAGACCGGGGCCAAUGGAACGCAAGGUGGUGGAGAAGGCGUUGCGGCGCUCCAUGAGCCGAAUGCAGGUGGACGUGCUGGACUGUGUCCAGUUCCACUGGUGGGACUACGGAGACAAGAGAUACCUGGACGCUCUGGGACACCUGUCUGACCUGCAGCAGGAGGGCCUCAUACGGGAGCUCGCCCUCACUAACUUUGACACAAAGAGACUGGAGGAGAUCACCAACAAAGGCGUCCGCAUCUCCAGCAACCAGGUACCGCUUCUUUACAUGUUAGCGCACGUGUCGGUCAGUCUGAGCCCCCCCCUCCUCCUCCUGACCUCGUUAUUGGCGCGGCUGUCUGUGCAGGUUCAGUACUCCCUGAUUGACCAGCGCCCUUCAGCCCGGAUGGAGCAGUUCUGCCUGGCGAACAACAUCCAGCUCCUGACGUACGGCACACUGGCCGGCGGCCUGCUCUCCGAGCGUUAUCUGGGGAGUGCGGAGCCCCUCUCCAGGGCGGAGCUCUACACCGCCUCCCUCUCCAAGUACAAGAACAUGAUCGACGCCUGGGGCGGAUGGGGCCUCUUCCAGGACCUCCUGGUCGCCCUGGAGACGGUCGGCAAGAGGCGCGGCUGCUCGGUGGCCAGCGUGGCCACGCGCUACGUGCUGGACCGGCCGGCGGUGGGCGGGGUCAUCGUGGGCUGCCGGCUGGGGGUGGCGGGGGCGGGGCAGCACGUCAGCGACAGCCUGCGCAGCUGCAGCCCCGAGCUGAGGCUGACGGCCGAGGACCACGCCGCCAUCCAGGCCGUCACGCGGCGCUCCAGAGACCUCACGGCGCUCAUGGGAGACUGUGGGGACGAGUACAGGAACUGA